AUGGAUGAACCAAUCGAACAAAACACAGACUCCCAGGAGCAGGACAUCCUUCUUGAAACACCCNCUGAGGAUGUCUUUAUGGCUCCUUCAAUCGACAAGGUCAACAUCGCCAAAGGAGACUCAUAUUCCUACAUCUCGCCUGUACCCAGAAUGCUUCAGGACGACAUGUCGAUAGAGUGUGUCCUGGGAGUCGACGAAGCCGGCAGAGGUCCCGUACUCGGUCCCAUGGUCUACGGCCUAUACUAUUUACCCCUGUCAAUGCACCGCUCUCUGCUGGCCGACACGCACCACUUUGACGACUCCAAGGUCUUGUCGCCAGCUGUCCGCUCCUCUUUGAUGCAGGCCAUCUGCACCCCCGGCACUGACUUGUACGAAUCCUCCGGAUGGGCCACGCGUGUCAUGUCAGCCAAGGACAUUUCUUCCGCUCAAAUGAGGCCCACAGCUACAUACAACCUCAAUGCUCAAGCCAUGGAUGCCACCAUAGACUUGAUCCAUGCCGUCUUCGCCCUUGGUGUUAACCUGAAAGAGAUCUACAUUGAUACCAUUGGCCAGCCUGCCGCUUACCAGAAGAAGCUGGAGCGUAUCUUCCCUACUGUCAAGAUCACUGUCGCCAAGAAGGCCGACUCGCUCUACCCCUGCGUGUCGGCUGCCAGUGUCUGCGCAAAGGUCACAAGAGAUGCUGCCCUUGAAGUCUGCUACGACGUUUUCAAGAACGCUGUUUCGAACGACAAGAAUGUGCCCGAACAACCUGCCGAAGGCUGGGGAUCCGGAUAUCCCAGUGAUGCUCGCUGCUCUACUUGGCUGAAGAAGAACAUGGAUCCCUUAUUCGGUUGGGGAAACGAGUGCCGUUUCAGUUGGUCGACUGCCAAAGACUUGCUCGAAGUCAAGCCUGCUGCAAAGGUCAACUGGCCUGUCGCAGACGAUGAAGACUCUACCAAGCUAACAAACUUUUUCAUGUACUCUGCCGAAGAGCAUGCCCAAGGAGAAGAUCAACUCUCUACUUGGUACGGUAGACGUGUCACCGAAGACGUCUUCUAA